GAAUAAAGGAAGGGUGCCAGAGGAGAGGAGAGGAGAGCGUUGCGUAGCAGCAAUUGGUUUUUCGGAAGCGCGGAUUCAUCAACCUCAUAAGCGGCAGAAAACAAAGAUAUGGGGAAGCAACCGGUGAAACUGAAGGCGGUGGUGUAUGCUCUGUCACCGUUUCAGCAGAAGGUAAUGCCUGGUCUCUGGAAAGAUCUGCCCGGCAAGAUCCACCAUAAAGUCUCCGAGAACUGGAUCAGCGCCACCCUCCUCCUCGCUCCUCUCGUCGGCGUCUACACGUAUGUGCAAAACUACCAGGAAAAGGAGAAGUUGGAACACAGGUACUGAGUUCAGGCAUGCAGUAGGGAUGUCUGCUUUUUUCUCGAAGGCUUCAUAUUUUUUUCUUGUUCUCCUGGCAAAUAAACUGAAUGUCACUAGCUGCUUUGUCAGUUUUCAGAACUUGUGAACUUCAUCUGCACUGAGUUAUUCUGAUGAUUUAUAGAACUUGCUCUUGAGCUGUUUGUGAUGUUGCAUGUUUAUCACCUGUUAUGACCCACCAAUAAGAUUCGGGUGUGAAUUUUGAUUCAACAA